CCUCUGGGUGGCACUGGUCUUCACGUGGAGAGGCACCACGACGAGAGUUGACAGCGGCAUAGUUUAGUUUAGUUCAGCGAGCUCUACAGUCGGUCUGUUUGGGAAACAAUCUCCGCUGUGAGGUAACCUGCAGAGACAUAUGGAGGAGACGGGCGGUGCGAGCGCGUACGGGGCUUCUCUCGCCGGAGGAGGCUUUGACUUCUACAAGUUUAUCCGACAGCCGCAAACCAUCGUGCGGAUACUCAGCUGGAUAUUUGCCCUGGUGGUGUUUGCUACCAUCACAACCGAGGGAUAUAUCAACUCUGUCGACAGUUCUGAGGUAAAGUGCAUCUUCAACCACAACGACUCAGCAUGUCAUUACGCCAUUGGAAUCGGAGUGAUUGCCUUCCUGGCAUGUGUGGCCUUCCUGGUGUUGGACGUUUACCUGCCUUUUAUGAGCAGCGCACAGGAAAGAAAGUACGCCGUCAUGGCCGACCUGGGAUUCUCAGGGGCAUGGUGCUUCCUCUGGAUGGUUUGUUUCUGCCUGUUGGCCAGCCAGUGGACUAAAACUCUGGAUGUCACCGCUGUCCCAAAGGACGCAGCACGAGCCACUGUGGCCUUCUCAUUCUUCUCUAUCGCCACAUGGGGAAUCCUGGCAUACUUUGCAUUCAUCCGUUUCCGCCGCGGUGUGAACCAAGUAACCAUCCCGACCUACACAGAGCAGCCACCAGAUCAGCACACCCCUUACCCUCCGACCUACGCUCCCACCUCCUACAACCCCACUACCUACACCCCUACCACUUACAACUCCUAUCCCAGCAGCGUGCCUGACAUGCACAAGCAGCCGCCCUUCACGCCAAACCCGCAGGCGCAUGGUAACGCCGAAUACCUGCCGCCGAAUUACUGAGACAAAGGGAGGUCACAUGGACCAGAUCAUCUGUUGGCACACUGGCUGUAGUUGUACUGCACAGACUCAAAGCUGGAUCAUAUUGAUGUGGUUUUACGAUGGAUUCAGCAGUUCCACGAGCCUGAGCAGCGCAACUGCAAGUUAGGGACGAGAUACAACGCUGUUUACGACAAAUGGUCUGUGGAUAUACAAGGCGUCAGUCUGUUUUGACUUUAGACCUGUGUGCAAAGACGGUGUUUUUUUGUUUUUUUUUACCUCAAGUGGGCUGAUCCUGAAGGGUGGUGGUAGUUAGAUUGUAGCCAGGAGGUCAAAGGUCACAUACGUGACGUUGUGAAGAAUGUGUUCCUCUUCACUCUCUGGUGGAACCGGAGAAUCCACAUUUGUACAUAGAUUUCACCUUACAGAGCCGCCAUGUGCCUGAUUUUCUUUGCUUGUUUGGUUCAGUUCAUUGUUCAUGUUCACAGUGGAUUAGUUUUUUUGUAAAACGUUGGUUAUGUACAAAUCGUGCCAGUUUCUCAGCCAUAAAAUCACCCUUAAGAUUUGUAAUCUUUGUGCUACGGUAAUGUUGCUCCUUGGUUGACCGCCUCAACAAGCUUUAAAGACCACUCCAAUGUCCUGUUGUGACAGGAGAAAACACAGAACCCCUCUAUUACUUCAACUCUGAUCCAUGCAAAUAUAACAAACCUGUGUCGGUAACUGAGUUACGUGUGCCAACCUGUGGAGGCAGUAAUUGGCGGUUCAUACUUGGUGUUUUAAACUAGUUGCUAGUUUUCAAUCACUGGAGGAAGGGCAAUGUAUAAAACCACUGAACAGGUUUGUCCACCUAGUUAAUGAAUUACUCUUCUGUAAUAGACAUGCGAUUAGAAAUCCCCCGUAUGGCUGCAAACGACAGCCCUGCAAGGUGUAAGACGUUUUGUUUACAGGGUUCUUAAUCUGAAUUGUUGAAGGCUGCAUGAAAUGAAAAUCACACGCAACUUAGGGAAGCCAAUCCAUAUGAAAAACACAUGUUUAUUUGUCAUUUGUGCCUUCAUAAGAAAUGUAACAUUAAAAGGGGUUUGGGGAAAGGAAAAUAAACUGUGCCAUGAUUCAAUAUUAAAGUUAAGCUGUGCAUCAUA